AUGGCGACUCGUCAAUUGCGAAAGUUGCGUAAGAGGCAGGAGCUGCUCAGCCUCCAGAACGAGGCGGCCGAGGAAAGUGACGAUGAACCGAUCGUCGAACGGCCACGGGGGAGCAAGUUUGCUGGGUUUGCUGCUCUAGGUGACAUGGGCGGCGACGAUGAUGAAGAUGAGGAGGAACGCAACGAAGAGGAGGAGGAGCAAAUGCCUGCGGAAAAGCCCGUUGAGCAGGCCGUGCCGGCCAAGAAGAGCAAGAAGUCCAAGAAGAAGAAGAAGAAGAAGAAGGCCAAGCAGACCGAGUCACCCGCGGCCACAGAGGAGCAACCUCAAGGAGACGUGGAUGAGAUCGACCGGGUGCUAGAGGAGCUCAAACUGGAGGCUCAGCAGAAAGGUGCUGAGAUCCCUGGAGCCAUCCCUGCGGCCGACCCGACCGAGAAGAUCAACCAGCUCCUCAGCAUCAACUUCCAGCACUUGAAGGCGGCGAACGAGAUGCGCCGUUUGUUCGGUAAGGCCAUGGACGUGGCUGAGAGUGAAGAACGGACGGAGCAGGCCCGCCAGCAGCGAACUCUCCCGCAGAACGUGGACUUGGAGACCUUCCUGAGCAUUCGGGGGCAGCAGGGCUACUAUGCGCCGGGCCGCCAGGCCAAGCAGGGCAUGUUCGAGACAGUGCUACGGACGAACCCCUUCAUCGAGGGCAAGCGGACGUGGCCACGGGGAUCUGCGCUGGGUCUGAAGAUGAUACGAAUUGAGGGAGGCAACAAUGAGUUCUCGUUCGCUCAUGAUAAGACCUAUGACGAAUUGGAAGCCAGCUUCUUCGGGCUAGUGCAGAUGUACGACCCGAUGCAGAUCGUAUACUUCCUGCACCGGUAUCCCUACCACGUGUCGUCACUGAUCCAGUGCAGCAAGGUCGCGCGGCAGGACCAGAAUGAGGCUCUGGCAGCCGAUCUGAUCGAGCGCGCGCUGUUUACCUUCGGCCGUGUGAGCUUGAGCGAGUUCCGCAAGAAGUUGGAGAAGGGUCAGGCUCGUAUGAGCUUCUAUCGUCCAGAGAACCGGCAGUUCUACCUGGCCGGCUUUAACCUGAUUCAAAAACUUGCGCUCAAGGGCACCUACCGUACAGCUCUCGAGUGGGCCAAGCUGCUGCUGAGCAUCAACCAUGACGAUCCCUACGGCAUCGCUAAUGUACUGCACGUCCUAGCCAUCCGGGCUCGCGAAGCCGACUGGUUCAUUGACCUGUGCAAGUCGGGCCUGCUGGACGCCCCCUUCACAGGCUGCUACACCAAGCACACCGAGCCCCUGGCAUACCUCCAGCUCGGCGACGAAGACACUGCGAAAUCCAUCCUCACGCGCAACAUCGACCCUCGCCCUCCUCAAAUCGGCCGCUGCAUCCGCCAACCCCCCAUCCUCGAUUUCCUCCCUCCCCUCCUCCCUCCCAUCUCCCUCUCCACAGCCCGCUUUAUCUACCUGGAUAACACACCCUCCCUCAUGGCUCUCCUCCCCCCGUCCAUCCUGCACUCCCCCGACACCCCCAACUUCGACUUCGACCCUUUGCCUCCCCCGCGCGAACAAAAUAUAUUUUCUUCUCCGGCCCAACACCUCCCCUGGGCAGAGUAUGGCGCCACCAUCACCAACUCCACAACCCUCGACGACAUCGAAGAACUCCCUGAGUCACGCAGACAGGAAGUCUACCGCCAGAUUGAGAAUACCCCUCGCGCUGACAGGGUCAGGCAGAUGGCGGAGCGUGCGAUGGCAGAAUUUAAUUUGGGGGGACAGUUGGCAAGGCUGUGGCCGCGGGAGAGGGAGAUUCUGGCGAGAAAUAUGAGGCGUAGGGGCGAUCAGAGAUUGAGGUUAGGACAGCCGGAGGCGGCGAUUGUGUUCUGGGAAGUUGCGAGGGAGGUGGAGAGGUUUGGGGGGGAGCAGCAGGCGCCUCGAGAAGGAAGAGAGGCUGGAGCCCGGGAAGCUGAGCAGAGUAGGGCAGAGGCAGCGCCUGCUGAGGAGACUGGGACUAGGGCAGAGAGCGAGGAGGCUCAAGAGCAGCAGCAGGCGAGGACGAGGUGGGAGCAGUGGAUUGAGCCCUUGGUUGAUCUUAUUGUUCCCCGGCCGGCGCCUACGGAGAAUAGAGGGUUGCCGGCUGAUGUGAUGAUGGGCGUGCCUGGGGCAUGGGUAGAGGACUGGGAUGAUGAUUUCGAGGGGGUUGAUGAGUUUGAGGGAGAAGAUGAUUUCUAUGGAGAGUAUGAUGAUGAGGAAGAGGAGGAGGAGGAGCAGAACCGCGGAAACCCCAUUGUUGGUGCAACGGCACUUGUGCUCCGAUACAACGGCACAAAUGUCUCACUCAUUGCGGCGGAGGAUGGGUCAAGCAGAAUGUCCGAGCACAAGUACGAGUUCUCCGUCACUAUGUCCUGCAGCGGCUGCUCCGGCGCCGUAGAGCGUGUGCUGAAGAAGCUGGAGGGCGUCAAGAGCUACGAGGUGUCGCUCGACUCCCAGACCGCUGUCGUUGUCGCAGACGAGUCGCUCCCCUACGAGAAGGUGCUGCGCACGAUCGCCAAGACGGGGAAGAAGGUUACCGCCGGGAAGGCGGAUGGUGUUGAGCAGAGUGUUGAAGUACCUGCUGAGUAG